CCUUUUCCUGGAAGUGAGACAAGUGGACAAGGCCACGCUCGAUCAGCAGCUGACGGGUGACGCUUCCGGGACAAGAACGCAAGUAGCAUGAGAUAAGAGAAUCGCCAAGGUUUGGUUGAAGCGCCUUUAAUCAACCGGAAGAAGAAGACGUUCACGCGCCCUCACACGGAACCGAGGACGUCGAGUCACACAGUGCAAGAUGUCAUACUCAUCCCGGAGUUCCUCUCGCACCUCUGACUGUAAGGUCUAUGUGGGUGACCUUGGUAAUGGUGCAGCCAAAGGUGAGCUGGAACGAGCCUUCAGUUACUACGGGCCAUUAAGGAGUGUAUGGGUCGCCCGGAACCCUCCAGGUUUCGCCUUCGUAGAGUAUGAGGAUGCCAGAGAUGCAGAGGAUGCCGUAAAGGGGAUGGAUGGAAAGUGAGUCAACUUGAGUUCUACCUGCCUACAUUUGAUGAUGCUACUGCUGCACAUUUAACACCCUGACCACUUCAGGGAGCUCAGACCCGCAGGGGGUGCUUUGUGGAGCCCGUGUCAGAGUUGAGCUGUCUAAUGGUAUGUCCAGAAAGUCCCGUUAUGGCCGUCCCAGCCGCAGGCAAUUUGACCCCAAUGACCGCUGUUACCAGUGUGGGGAGACAGGUCAUUAUGCCUACGACUGCUAUCGUUUCAGCAAGAGGCGAAGCAGACGCAGCAGGUCAGGAUCUCGUUCCCGGUCCAGAUCUCGUGGUCGCCGCUACCGCUCUCGUAGUCGUAGCAAUGAAAGGAGGUACCGUUCACCUUCAUACUCGAAACGCAGAAGCAGGUCAGGAUCCCCAGGCCGCUCCAGAUCCAGAAGCCCUGGUGGCCGGUCACGUUCACCUGUACGCCGGUCAAAGAGCCCUGUUCGAAGGUCCAGAUCCAGGACACCUCUUCAUAGAGACAGUCGUUCUCGCUCCCGUUCACGGUCUGGUUCCAGGCAGAGGGAUCGCAGUGUCUCCAGAUCUCGCUCUCGAUCUCGUUCGAUCAGUCACAAGAAAGACAGUCAUUCCAGGUCUGCCAGCCCAAGGAGAAGUCCAACACCGGAUGCUGACUGAUCUGAAUACUGAUGCUUCACCCCCAUUCCCCACCUUUGCCUCAGGGCUGAAAUACAUUUUAUCUUCCCCAUGAGUUCAAUACUGGUUCUAUUGUAGCUGCAAAGCUUUUUUUUUUUUUUCUCGUUCUUCUCCCUUCCCAGAAUUCAGUGACACCUCCUCCCACCUUGUAAAAACAUCACUGUCAUCUCAAGCAGCUCAUGCAUAUUUUCCCUUUUAUCCCCCCUUCCCUUUGAAUUAUUUUUUAAGAGCUCAAUUAUUUUAAUUUUCAGUGUUGAGCCAGUGUCCUGUGGUCAGUGAUUUGUGGGUAAGGUGGUGAAUGAGCUAUGUUGUGAUUUAGUCAGUGUAUUAUAUGAACUGAGUACGCUGUGAUUUGUUUGUUUGUAGAAGGUUUUUUUUUUGGCAUUGAAAAUGGCAAUGAUCUUUUUAAUAAAGCUUUACAAAUCCAA